CUGGUAGAAGAUUACGAAGAGAGGUCUGAGGUCUCCGAUCUCCAUUUUAUCCUCCAUUUGCCCAUACAGCACCAGAAAGAGAGAAAGCAAAGCAAAAGUCUCUGGUUCGACUCUUCAUUCUGUGGAUGGAGGAGAUGCACCCAUCUCCAUCCUCUUCAAAGUAAUCAUACUUCUGAGAAAAACAAACCAACCCAUCUAAUUUUUAUAUAAUUAUAGCAUCGAUACCACGCACAUGUCGUCUCUAUCUCUCCUCUCUCCCCCUAAUUUAUCUCCUUUUCACAUCACCACCACCUCUCCAUCUUCUUCUCCUCUUCUCAUUCUUCAUUCCCGCUCUUCUUUAUAUGGGGAUUGCUCCACCACCACCACUGCCCCAAGAGCUUUUGUUUCUUGGCACUGUAGGGCCACAGAGAGGUCUGUUUUUUCUCCUAUGCAAAAGUCACGAGAUGGGUACUCCAGGGUGUGUUCUUUCUCUAGAUUUAGAGGUGAUACUGGAGGAGAUGUAGAGAAAGGAAGCGAGGAAAUUCAGGCAGAAGCAGGUGAUGAUGGAAGUGGCACUGAAGAGGAGGAGGAGGAAGAAGAAGGGGAGCAAGAAAUAGGGCAUUUAAGCCCCACUUCUGUUCUGCCUGAGAGAUGGGAUGUUUUGGGUCUUGGCCAAGCCAUGGUAGACUUUUCUGGUAUGGUCGAUGUUGAGUUUCUGGAGAGAUUGGGGUUAGAGAAAGGAACCAGAAAGGUUGUAAAUCAUGAGGAGAGGGGUACAGUCUUGCAGGCUAUGGAUGGUUGCAGCUACAAGGCCGCUGCCGGUGGAUCGCUUUCCAACACCCUUGUGGCCUUGUCAAGGCUUGGAUGUAAACCCAUUGGAGGGCCUGUCUUGAAUAUAGCCAUGGCAGGCAGUGUGGGGAGCGAUCCACUAGGUGGAUUCUACAGAUCAAAACUUCGUCGGGCGAAUGUGAAUUUUCUAUCUGAUGCUGUAAAGGAUGGGACGACGGGCACAGUGAUAGUUCUCACAACUCCAGAUGCUCAGCGUACGAUGCUUGCAUAUCAGGGUACAUCAUCAAUUCUUAGCUAUGAUUCAAGCUUGGCAAGCAUUAUUUCAAAAACGAAUAUACUGGUUGUUGAAGGCUAUUUAUUUGAAUUUCCUGAUACCAUUAAAACGAUUACCAAAGCUUGUGAAGAAGCACGCAGGAACGGUGCGCUGGUUGCAGUCACAGCAUCUGAUAUGACCUGCAUCGAGAAACACUAUGAUGAUUUCUGGGAAAUUGUAGGGAACUAUGCCGACAUUGUGUUUACAAACAGUGAUGAAGCGAGAGCAUUCUGUCAUUUUGCCCCCAAGGAAAGCACAAUUUCAGCAACUAGGUAUCUAAGCCACUUUGUUCCUCUAGUCUCGGUUACCGAUGGGCCAGAAGGCUCUUACAUUGGUGUGAGAGGAGAAGCUGUUUAUAUUCCCCCUUCUCCUUGUGUACCGGUUGACACUUGCGGUGCUGGUGAUGCAUAUGCGGCUGGCAUCCUGUAUGGAGUACUACGUGGUGCAUCAGAUUUAAAAGGAAUGGGAACGUUGGCAGCGAGAGUUGCAGCCACUGUCGUUGGCCAACAGGGGACUCGACUCAGGGUGCACGAUGCUGUGGAGCUAGCAAAGUCGAUGACAUUCCAUUUCGAGACUUCAAAGGCACGAACAGAUUCCAGUUCCGAUCAUAUUUCAAGCUUGUAGUCGGUUUCCUUGCCCCAUUUUGUUUCUUUAGCCAUUCUUUUCAAUCUGAUCAUAAUUCCUGAAUUUGAACAUAACUUAAAUUCUGUACAUUGCAAUUGUAUUUCUUGAUAUACUGGCGAUACAUUUGCCACCAAUUUGAUGAAAAAAAUGUUAUUACAUAUA